GUUCACAGCUCCGUUCACACUCUUGUUUCUGGUGACUGUGUCGUCGUUGGUGGUUUCACCAAAGUCUUGGUUAUCAUCAUCGGCUCCGUCCCAUUCCUGGCCUGAAUGGUCAACAGCGGAGUUUCUUCUCUUGUACCACCAGAAUGCAAAGAUUAUUCCUCCUAGAACCACUGGAGUGACGAUACCAACGACACAGCCAAUGAUCACUUUGUCAUGUGAUGACAGCCCUGAAGAUGAGGACGAAUCAGACGUUGACGUUGUAGUACGCACCUCACCAUUGGUGGUAUAGACCAUGGUCACUGUGAGGACGCUCUCGACAUUUGCAUUUGUUGAGCUUUGUUCUAGGGAAGAAUCAGAAGACGUUAUAGUCGAGCUUGACUCAGAUGAAGAAUAUGAAGAGGAUGUUGUUGACGAGGAAGAAGCCGACGAUGAUGAUGACGUUGACGACGUUGACGACGUUGACGACGUUGAUGACGUUGAUGACGUUGAAGAUGUCGAGCUUGGUGGCUCCUCAGAUGACGAAGGUGAUAAGGACGAUUCAGUUGAGCUGAAGCUGGCACUGGUAACGGUCUCCUCAGACGACGACAACGUCGACGACGGCAACAAAGAGCUCGUCUCCGAAGUGGAAGAAGGUAGUAUCGAAUCUGACGAAUUCUCGAAAGACGAGGAGGACACGAUGGCGUCCGAUGCCGGAACAACGUCCUCGAAUGACGACGACUCCGAUGAUGAAGACAACGAAAACGGGUCAAAGGACGAGCUGAAGUCGACACCAACGUCGCUGGAACCCCCGUCGCUCGUGGAGUCACCACCAACGUCAGUGGAGUUGUUGGACGAGGUCGUCACAGCUUCCUGUGCCCUUGUACAGUGGGCAAUGACCGUGAGAAGAAGCCAAUGGUGUACCAGCAUGGGUAUUGGUUGUUUUAUAGAGGAAUGCGACCGAGGAAUCAACGCUACCGGGCGACACACAGACAAACACUCACAAAAGCUCAGAAGACGUCACAGAUCAAGGGAUCUUAAACCGAUUCCACACUGAUUUCAAGAGCUUUGAGACUCUCAAACAGAU